GCGUGAUUGCGGCAGCGCAUUGUGUACGAUGGCAAGAACGACGUACACUGCCGAGUCUACCGUACACUAUCGAUAUGCCACUGAACUCACAAACUAGGCUUUUGCCAUUGAGACAGAUUGAGCUGCCCAUUUUGCAAGUCCUUCCGGAACUGAAAAUCCGAACUGAUCAAGAUCUGGAUGUCUGGAAAUCCACCAAGGGAUAUGCAGAUUAUUUGUUGUUCCUCCACCGGCUGAGUGAAGCAGUGGUUGACUACACGCUUCCACUUGUGAACCCCCCGAAACAGAGCCAGGAGAUCGACCGAAUACUUGUUCUCCUGGAUACCUUGAGCAACUGGAUUGAUGAAAUCCCGCCCCUUCAGACUCCUCAGCGCUUUGGUAAUCUUGCGUUUCGUACAUGGGGUGCUCGCUUAGAGGAGCGUUCUGAUGAACUUCUAUCAAAAUUGCUUGGCGAAAAAUUCGCCUCCGCUUCUCCGUAUCUGAAGCCUUACUUGCUCACGUCGUUUGGAUCGUUCCUGAGGAUGGACUACGGGACCGGUCAUGAAUCAUCAUUCGCUAUCUUCCUUCUUUGCCUGACCCUCGUACGAUUUUUACAACCUGACCCAGAUGAAGAACGACAUUUGGUCCUCAGCGUUUUCGUACGCUAUCUCCAACUGUGCUGGAAGCUCCAGGAUGUCUACAGGUUGGAGCCUGCAGGGAGCCAUGGCGUUUGGGGACUCGACGAUUAUACCUUCCUUGGAUAUAUCUUUGGAAGCGGACAGUUACGAAAUCAGACGGAUAUUACUGUAGCUUCCGUCUUAAACCCCCCGCUUCCUCAAAGCAACCUAUACUUCAUGUCCAUUAUGCGGAUUCAUCAGGUCAAACAUGGACCGUUUUACGAACACUCGUCUCAGCUUCACUCAAUCGCCGUUGGAGUUCCAAAUUGGGGGAAAGUUCACAAUGGAUUGUUUAAGAUGUAUGAGAAGUUCUGGGCAAGAGGGUAGUAGUCCAGCAUCUACCCCUGGGCGGUCUGAUGGAAUGGGAUACCCACGUCGAUCUACGUCACGCGCCGUCAAUGUCGCACAACGCACCUGCCACUGCGGAUGCCCGUGCUCCUUGGGCGCAUCCUCGCUAGUGAUUAAGAAUUUUAUCCGACAGAUGCGGGAUAUAUGGCGGUCCGCGUCCCUAUCACCUUUACGGA